UAAUACCUCUUCUGUUUCCGCUGUCGGAAAUUACGGUCUAGUCAUUUAUUUCUAUACUUUGAGAAUGGGCUAUGUUUUCAACUUAAUUAGGUAACCAGAGGGGAACGUGAACAUAUCUAUCUACCUACUGGGAAGUAGUUGGAUCUCAUUCCUUGAGGAAAUAGUUUGGCAUCAAAUAAAUGCUAGCACUUAGCUAGCUGACAACAGUUCAAAGUGUAUUGAUACUUCACCAUUUAGAUAAUUAUUUAGUAAGCAGGUUGGUCGCUCCCAGUUCUCCCUAUUCGACCCUUUCCGACGUUUAUGUAAGAACUGCAAAAACGACUACAGUUAGAACCAAUAUAAAUACCGAUUAUGGCGCAUUUGUUCUACAUGCAGUUUUAUGCUACUCUUAAAUCUGGGAAUCUGAAGCAUCUGAAAAGUACAGCUACAGCACUGACAAACCAGCGAAACUACAGCAGCAAAGAUGGACAAUAUUUACAUAAAAGCAUUGUGCCUACAAUGCACUACCAGAAGAGUUUACCCAGGCUACCAAUUCCAAAACUGGACGAUACAAUCAGAAGGUAUCUGGCUGCUCAACGGCCUCUUCUCAAUGACGACCAGUUCAGUACCACAGAGAAAGUGGCACGUGACUUUGAAAACGGUGUGGGAAAACAACUGCAUGAGGAGCUGGUAUUGCAAGACAAGCAGAAUAAGCACACCAGCUACAUCUCAGCCCCAUGGUUUGACAUGUACCUCUCAGCGCGGGAGUCUAUAGUGUUGAACUUCAACCCCUUCAUGUCCUUUAACCCCGACCCCAAGACGGAGUACAAUGACCAGCUUGUGCGUGCCACCAACAUGGUAGCCUCUGCUGUGCGAUUCAUGAAGACGCUCCGUGCUGGACACCUAGAACCUGAGGUUUUCCACCUGAACCCAGCUAAGAGCGACACGGAUAGCUUUAAGAAAAUCAUCCGCUGGGUCCCCUCGUCCCUUUCCUGGUAUGGAGCCUACUUGGUAAACGCCUACCCUCUGGAUAUGUCUCAGUACUUUCGCCUGUUCAAUGCUACACGCAUCCCCAAGCAAGGGAAGGAUGAACUCUUCACAGAUGCAAAAGGGAGGCACCUUCUAGUGAUGAGACAAGGCCACAUGUAUGUGUUUGACGUGGUGGACCGCAAUGGUAACCUGGUAAAGCCAGACGAGAUCCAGGCCCACCUAAAGCAUAUCCUGUCGGACCCCACCCCGGCCCCAGCUCACCCCCUGGGACUGCUGACCAGUGAGAACAGGGACACAUGGGCCAAGCUGAGGGAAAAACUCUUGGCCGCUGGGAAUGGAGAGGUAUUGGGUCUGGUAGAUAGUGCCCUCUUCUGUCUGUGCCUGGAUGAUGAGAGCAUGAAGGACCACAUCCAUGUCUCCCACAACAUGCUGUACGGAGACGGCGCCAACCGCUGGUACGACAAGUCCUUCAGUAUCAUCAUGACCAAGUGCGGAAACAGCGCCAUUAACUUCGAGCAUUCGUGGGGCGACGGCGUGGCGGUCCUCCGCUUCCAGAACGAGGUGUUCAGGGACACCACAGAGAAUCCGCUGGUGCACCCUGGCUCCCAGCCGGCGUCUGUGGACUCCGCCUCGGCAGUGAGGAGACUCCAGUUCAGCCUAGACGCCGAGCUGGAGGACGGUAUCACCAAGGCCAAAGAGAACUUCCACGCUGCCGUUUCUAAGCUCACAAUCGGCUCCAUGCAGUUCAUGAAGGGUGGGAAAGAACAGCUGAAGAAGAAGAAGCUGAGUCCGGAUGCCAUCGCUCAGCUGGCGUUCCAGAUGGGCUUCCUUAGGCAGUAUGGACAGACCGUGGCCACCUACGAGUCCUGUAGCACUGCAGCCUUUAAACACGGGCGUACUGAGACCAUCCGGCCUGCUACCGUACACACAAAGAGAUGUGCCCAGGCCUUCGUGCAGCAGCCAGGAAAACACACUAUUGAUCAGCUGAUCGGCAUGCUGAGCGAAUGCUCAAAAUAUCACGGACAGCUCACCAAAGAAGCAGCCAUGGGCCAAGGUUUUGAUCGCCACCUGUUUGCCAUGAAGUACCUAGCCAACUCCAAGGGCCAGGCCUUACCCAACUUAUACCAGGACCCAGCCUACGCAGCCAUCAACCACAACAUCCUGUCCACCAGCACCCUCACCAGCCCUGCUGUCAGCCUGGGAGGCUUUGCCCCUGUGGUGCCCGAUGGCUUUGGCGUGGGUUAUGGCGUUCACGAUGACUGGAUGGGAUGUAAUGUCUCCAGUUACCCGGAGCGUAAUGUUCACCAGUUUCUGCAGUGUGUUCAGAAGUCUCUGGAUGAUAUUUUCUCCGUUCUGGAAGGAAAGCCUCUCGGCUAAAGAAAAGUCCAUCUGACUUUUUGAAUUUUGAAUGUCACAGAGCCAACUGUUCACAUCAAGUGAAAAUGUGUCUGUAGUUGCAGUGUUUCCCAAUCCUGGUCCUGGGGACCCAAAGGAGUGCACGUUUUUGGUUUUGCCCUAGCACUCACACGCUUGUUUCAAAUGUUACCUUACCACUUACACACUUGAUUGAUGUAAUCAACCUAUCAUCGAGUCUUACAUUUGGAUCAGAUGUGUGUGUGAUAGGGCUAAAACAAAAAGGUGCACCCCUUUUGGGUCCUGAAGACCAGGAUUGGGAAAGACUGCUUAAGUGGAUUUUGAGAUUUGCCAUUGGAUAGUACAGGGGUAUCCAACUCUUCUCCUGCAAUGUCUGAAGCCUGCUGGUUUUCUGUUCUACCUCAUAAUUAACUACACCCACCUGGUGUCACAGGUCUAAAUAAGUCCCUGAUUAGAGGGUUGCAAUGAAAAAAUGGUGUGGAACUGGCUUGGAGUUCCAGAGUUGAAUACCUCUAGUACAGUCUUUUCCAAUCCUGGUCCUUGGGACCCAAAGAUCUGUUUUUGUUUUUGCCCUAGCACUCAUACAUCUGAACCAAAUGAAAGACUUGAUGAUAGGUUGAUUACAUCAAUCAAGUGUGUAAGUAACAUUUGAAAAACGUGGGUCCCAAGGACCAGGAUUGAGAAACACUGCUCUAGUAUAGUACAUUGAAGGGAAUUACUGCAUUUAAAGACACUUUUACCCAGGCUUAAUGUGUGGGUUGCAAGUACUAAUAUGAGUUAAUAAGGGGAUAUUGGUUCAUUGGAGGACAUACUCCUAUACUGUUAGGUAUAUAAUUGACUGUCCUGAUCAGAUGCAGAAAGUUCUAAAAGGCUAAGGACAUACCAGUCAAAUACACUUGUUUGGCCAUGAAAGAAUAGUUUGAGUCAGUUUCUUCCCUUUAUAACUAGCACUGCAAUGUUUUUAUCAUAUACUUAAAAUUUGGAGGUCAGUGCUUCUGAAUGAAUGACCCUUUGAUAUGAAUCUGUUCUAGUAAUACUGUAUUAUCUACUGAUAAUAUUGAGAGUACAACUUCAUUCUUGAAAAUGUCUUGCAGUGUAACAACCCCUUAUCACAUGAUUCUAUAAAACAAAUGUCCAUUCUCCAUUUUGCUUUAAAAUGUGAAAUAAUUUAAAGCGAUAUCUCUGAUCCAUGCUAUUAAGGGGCAGACUAAUUUUGUGCCUUAUGGAAUGUUCACUGGUAGUUUAACAUAUUUACUACGGUAGUUUAAUGGAAAAUGUGUUUAACUGUGGAAUGAUGAAUAAAUGUACAUUUUGGCAAGAUUGGAA